AAGAAAUUCCCAAGGCGGGUGUUUCCUGCUUCUCCUAAAUUUCCAUUCCCUCUCCUAGGGUUUCAAAUAGGCGUGCCUGUGUUUAUACUUCAAUUCAAUCUCCGUCCCUAAUGGAUAGCCGAAAACAAAGUUCGGCUUCUCUGCAACAGAAAUUCUGAAAACAGUAACAAGAAUGGCGUUUUCUAUGUUUUCAACUCCCCAGCAACAGCAGCCCCAGCAACAGCUCUUCCAGACCCAGCCUUUCCAACAAAGUAGCCCUCUUUUCCCACAACAACAACAGCAGCAGCAACAGCAACCUGAACAACAGCAGCAGCAGUUGUACCUAUUUACCAAUGAUAAAGCGCCAGCGAAUUACAGUACCAAAUGGGCAGAUCUCCAUCCGGAUUCCCAGAAGUUUCUCCUCCAUAUUGAGGAACGAAUAUUGGAGUAUCGGGAUGAGAGCCAGAGGUUAGAUCAGUGUAGUCGUCUUUAUGAUUCCUCAGUUUCCAAUGAAGGUUUUGAGCUUGAUGCUAGCCAUGUUGUACAGGAACUUGGUAGUAUUAGUACUGCCAUGGAACAGCAGAAAGCUCUGCUGCACGAACUGAUGACCAAUGUUAAAGUUAUGUUGAGAAAUACAGAGGUAGCCAUUCGUUCUUUUACUAUGUUACGUCCAAGGUUUGCUCAUCCGAAUGUGGGAGGUGCUUCAAGUGCCACCGCACCAUCACAAGCUCCGGGAACCGUGACGCCAGGUUCUACUGUUCAACAAUCAGUUACGUCUAUAGUGCCCCUUUUUGAUUUCUAUAGUGGGCUUCCAAAGAAACCAUCUCCAUUCCUGCAGCAGACAGUUGCCAGAUUUGAGAAAUACUUGGGUGAGUGUCGGCAGUGGAUUGAAGAGUUAGAGCAAUUGUUAUUCUUAGACUCUGACAGAAAUUCUUCUAAUCCGGGAGCCUUACUACAGUCCCUUCCAAAAGUCAUGUCAAAUGUACACGAUUUUUUUGUUCAUGUGGCUGCCAAGGUGGAGAGUAUUCAUCAGUACAUUGAAUCAAUGAGAACUGCUUAUCUUGCUGACCAGCGCCGCCGGGGGGCCGGAAAUGAUCCUUUUCUUGAGGCUAAUCGUAGGGAAACAGCGAAACAAGAAGCUGCUGCCAAGAGGGUGCAUCCAACUUUGCACUUACCGCCAAACCCACAGCCUUCGACAAAAGUUGCUGGUUUGUUUGCCAGCUCCAGUACCCCUGGUCAAUCAACUGCUCUACAGACAGUUGCAGGACCAUCAGCUGGUUCUUCGGGGGGUGGAUUCUCUCUUUUAAACACACCAUCUUCUGCUCCAUCUGUCUCCAUGCCGUCAUCUUCAUUGUUUGCAACGCCUUCUACCUCUGCUCCCGUAUCUUCUUUGUUUGGAUCAUCUGGUGCCUCACCCCAGACACCACUGUUUGGUCCCUCGUCAGCAUCACUGUUUGGUUCUGCUUCAACUCCCUCUUUGUUCAAUACCGCUGCUUCAACUUUUGGUCCAGCCACUUCUGCGGGAGGUGGACUAUUUUCAACUCCAUUUGCUUCAGGUGCUGCAACUGGAUCGGGGGCUAGCUUUGGUCCUUCAUCUAAGUCAUCGCGUCCAAAGUCUCGAACUGCUCGGCGCUAGUUACAUUGGUAUUGAAAGAUCUGGAAAUUGGGGUGCAAAAUGGGUUCCUCUGGCUUCUACCUAGUACUGGAACUGGAUUUGGGUACCUUGUUUCAGGAGCUAAUAAAAAUCUUCUCCUGGGUUGUCUUGUUGUGCCAGAAGUUUUAGAUGUGAAGAAGAAAAUUUAUUCAUGUGCCUUGUUGUGCCGUAUUACAAGUAUGCUCUCUUCCUUUGUGUUCUAAGUGCUGUAACAAAAAUGCUCCGUGAUACUUGUUAACUGUUACUUACCAUAGAUUUCAUUUUAUUUUUCAUCUGCCAGUUCGUCGAACUUCUUAGAUACAUCACUUUCGGUUGGCCAGAGAGCACAUUGUUUGCCAUUGAAUUUCGCCUGCCAUGAGCAGAGGCAUUCUAAUCAUGUAGUCUUCAGCUUUCAGCUACUAAAUUUGGAUAUUUUCUUA